GUGUAUCCCGGUCACCUGUAUAUAGUCAAUAGGAAACAUGAUACCGCUGGUGAGUGUGACUCUAGUGUAGUGAUUCGUGAAGAUGGACUGGAUUUACCCCUCGUUUAUUCGGUUUUUUAAGCUUUUCGAAAUUAGGUUGAACUUAAUGCAUUUUUGUCCUAAAUUUUGUAUGACGGAACUUUGGAUGGAUGUGGAUACUCAUUCUAACGAUAGCAGGAUGUGCCUUAGGACAAUACAGACCGGGCGCAGUUGCUUCACCGGGGCAGGUCAUAAGGAUAAUAAGUCAAACGCAGGAAGGACCUAAUCCAGAUGGAUCUUACUCAUGGAGCUACGAAGCUGAGAACGGCAUCUCAGCUCGCGAACAGGGCCGUCCUAAGGCCGCUGAUCUCCUAGAAGCAGCAGGUGACUUCAAAUACACAGCACCUGAUGGCUCCAACAUCGCCCUAACGUACGUGGCCAACGAGCUGGGCUUCCAACCUCAAGGUGCUCACCUUCCGACGCCUCCGCCCAUACCGGAGGCCAUUUUGAGGUCUCUGGAGUACAACGCGGCCCAUCCUGAAGAAGACCAAGACCGGACGCCGCAAAGGAUAGGUUAAGCUGACCUGGACGCUGCUCUGAAUAUGAAGACAUGGAAAUCGAUGUAUACAACGUGGAAAAUGUUUACCUCUUAUUUAUGAUUGUGAUUUUUUGUAUUGUAAUAUAUUUGAAGUUUUCAUAAGGAAAUGCAUGGUUAGAUUAUUUGAAGUACGACAAUUUCUUGGCAGCUUUGUCAUGAAAAUCGAUACGCCCUAUGCUUACCGAAAAAUGCUUGUCCUCGACAGUGUCUAUUCAGCAUGCCAUGCCACUGUAAAAAGCUUCAUAUUGAAAUUAGGUUUUGACCAAGCUUUCAAGUGAUUAAUUUGAUUGGGAAACCAGUAUCCAAAUAUACAGGGUGUCCCGAAAAAAGUGUGCAAUAUUCUACCAGCGGUUUCUAGAGCUUUUAAGCUUACAUUUUAAUGUAACAGGGACGGACUCAGGAUAUUUUAGC